AACUUUUAAUUGAUUAGUUUAAUAAAUUUACGUGGUGUGCUGCCAUUCCCGCAUGGCAUUUGCAAUAGUCAAAAGUGACAAAGUGAAACCCGUGACACACCGCUCCCCUAAAACACAAAAGCAUAGGCUUCUUCAUUUCAUCAAUGAAGGCAGCGGCGGGAGCAGCAGUAGCAAUGCCAGAGCCAUGUGAUCUCAAAGUUCAUGUUAAUGGUCAACAAACAUUCUUUCUCAAUCAGAAGAAGAUAUCAAAAUAUUCAGGAAGGUUGAAGAAGAUCCUCCAGCAAGAAAGAAGAAGAACCCAGAUAAAAAAUUUGGGGAUUGAAAUCAAUAAUUUUCCAGGAGGCCCGGAUGGGUUUGAGCUGGUUCUGAGAUUCUGCUACAACAAUGGAGAGAUCAAAGUGACAGCAUCGAACGUAUGUCUCCUUCAUUGCUGCGCGGUCUUUCUCGGAAUGACAGAGGCGGCCUCCGCCUGCAAUCUCCUUCAACGAACAGAGAAUUUUUUCCAGAAAACAGAGAAUUUUCCCGAGAAAACAGAGAAUUUCCUCCAAAUAAUGCACUGCAAAAGCUCAUGGAAUGAUACUUUGACCUGUCUCAAGAGCUGCGAACCAUUCUUUUCGUACGCAGAUUCAUGCGGCCUCGUACAAAGGCUCAUCGGUUCGCUCCUCGCAAAAAUUUCUAACCAGCAGAUUUCGGAUUCACAUCUCACGGCCGGGUCGUCUACUUCUAGCUCGUCUUCGUCCUCUUCCCCUGAAACCACAUCUGGUUUCAAGGUCAAGGCAUGGUGGUUCGACGAAUUGACGAUUCUGCCCCCCAACAUCAUAGAAAUGUUCAUCAAGACAUUGGGGGCUCACGGGCCCAACAACAACAACCUCCUACUCACGAGAUUCCUCCUCCAUUACCUGAAAAGCGUGGCCGUUCGGCGGAAGAACGGCGACGCGGCGGCUCCAAAGAUCUCCCGGUACCGGGAUCUGGCGGAGACGGCGGCGUACGGGGUGAUUUUGAUGGGGGAAAAGGUGUUCUCCUGCAGAGGGCUGUUUUGGGUGUUGAGAGUUGCGUCUGGGUUUGGGCUGAGCAGAGAGUGCCGAGAUGGGCUCGAGAGGUUGAUCGGCGGGAUGCUUAAUCAGGCGACGCUGGACGAUUUGUUGGUCUCCGCCGGUGCCGGCGGUGUAGUGUACGACGUGAAUUUGGUGUUGAGGCUGCUAAGGGAAUUUGUAAAUGGGAACGGGGUAACUGAGUCGGGGGCUGAGAAGAUGAAGCGGGUGGGGCGGUUGGUGGAUGAGUACAUGAGAGAGAUAGCGCCUGAUCAGAAGCUGAAGCUGUCGACGUUUCUGGGAGUUGCAGAGAGUCUACCCGACGGUGCGAGGGACUGCUUCGAUGGGGUCUACAGAGCUAUCGAUAUCUAUCUUCAGUCUCACCCAGGUGUUCCAAGUGAGGAGCGGUCGAGGCUGUGCCGGUGCCUGAACUACGAGAAGCUGACACUGGAGGCGUGCAAAGACCUCGCCAAAAACCCAAGAAUCCCUCCGGGGAUUUCAGUGCAAGCUCUGAUAUCUCAAAAGCCCCGCAGCUACGCGGGCGCGGGUGCAACGAGGGAGGUGGUGAUGGGAGGGGCGUCCCCAAGCCGAGAGGCCGAGGCGGAGGCGGAGGCGGCAGAGAGCGUAGUGUUUUCACGAGAGAAGGAGGAGAUGAGACUGAAACUGCAGAGGAUGCAGUGGAGGGUGGUGGAGUUGGAGAAGGUGUGCAAGGAGAUGAAGGGCCAAAUGUCAAGGCUGGUUCAGAAUAGGAUCAUCGCCGGUACCCCUGCCCCCGCUAGAUCAAUCUUGCCUAGACUAUGUUAAUUAAUUAACGCGCACACUGUCUCUUGACAAAGAGCAUGGCCCCAAUGGGCUAUGUCUAUGUGUGCUCAAGUGUGGCUGUCUGGCGUGGAUUUUGGGUAUAUCAAUAUAUAUAUAUAUAUAUGCAAAUUGUGAAUGCCGCACGUGUAUAUUGUUGUCAUUUGUACAAGCAUAUGAAAAUAAAUUACAAAGGGAUUCCUGCUUCAACAUUAA